AUGCAUCGCCUAGCUGCUGCCAUGCUCGUGUUGCUCUGCUGCUGCUGCUUGUUCCUCGCCACGCAGCAGCAGCUCCAGCCAGCCGCCGGUGGUAACAGAGCGAGCCCGAGCUGCAUACCACACGAGAGGGACGCCCUGCUGGCAUUCAAGCACGGCGUCACCAGCGACCCUGGCGGCGUCCUCAGCUCGUGGCGGCGAGACGGUCGCCACGACGAGCAAGACUGCUGCCGGUGGAGAGGCGUCCGGUGCAGCAACCGAACUGGCCACGUCCACGAGCUUCGACUUGGAAGCACCUUCGGACCAGAGUUGGCCGGCCAGAUAAGUCCUUCUUUGCUUGCUCUGGAUCACCUAGAGCACCUUGACCUCAGCGGGAAUGAUCUAGCAGGGCCAACGGGUCGUCUUCCCGAGUUCUUGGGCUCUCUAAAGAAUCUCAAGUACCUUAGCCUCUCUAGCAUACCAUUCUAUGGUGGCCUACCUCCCCAACUUGGCAACUUGUCAAGGCUGCAGUAUCUAGAUCUUUCCAGCUGGAGGGGACACACAAACUCGACGGAUCUCUCAUGGUUAACACACAUUCCUUCGAUACAAUAUCUUAUCUUGAACCAAGUGAACCUCAGCACAGUAGCGGAUUGGCCUCGUGUCAUGAAUAUGCUUCCUUCUUUGAGGGCCCUCCAUCUUUCAGACUGCUCUCUUGCAAGCGCAAACCAGUCGCUGCCACACCUGAACCUUACAAACCUCGAGGAGCUCGAUGCCUCUUGGAACUCCUUCAACCAUCCAAUGGUUGCAACUACAUCACAGGACAUGUUCCAUAUGAGAUUGUGGAAUGUGAGCAUCGCCCAUCUUGAUAUCUCGAGUGCAGGUAUAGCUGAUAGGCUUCCACAACGGUUCUCCGAUGCCUUUUCAAAUGUCGAAUUCAUGAACAUCUCCAACAAUCAACUCAACGGAACUUUGCCGGCUGAUAUGGGCUCCAUGUCACUUCAGAGACUGGUUGUGUUGGACUUAUCCCACAAUUUUUUGGAGGGAGAACCACCGUCAUGCCUCAGGUACAUGGACCUAAAUAACAAUAAGAUAUCAGGAUCUCUGCCGAUCUACCUAUCAAAUCUUAAAUUUAUGACAAACACAUCCAUGAUGGGUUGUUCUGACGGCUUUGUAAUAAUUGAUUCUGACGGCAGUGAAAUAAUAGAUUCUCUUCUUGAUAGUUUGUCUAUGGUCUGGAAGGGUCAGGAAUUGAACUAUGGUUCCAUUCAAAGAAUUUUGGACACAAGUCUGACGAGCAUUGAUUUAUCUUCAAAUGACUUAACCGGUGAAAUUCCAGAAGAAAUAGUUGUUCUUGAUGCGCUUGUGAAUUUGAAUCUAUCAAGGAACCACUUGACUGGAGUUAUUCCAAAGAAGAUCGGGGAAAUGCGAUCACUGCAAUCAUUGGACCUCUCGAGGAACUUGCUUUCGGGGGAAAUACCAGCCACUGUAUCAAAUCUGACGUUCUUAAGUUACUUGGAAUUAUCAUACAACGAUCUUACAGGAAGAAUUCCAUCAGGAGUACAGCUUGAUACCCUGUAUGCAGAAUAUCCAUCUAUGUACAUUGGUAACAUCGGUCUUUGUGGACAUCCUCUUCAAAACAAUUGCUCGAGUGAGCGUCAUGCACCAAAGCAAGGUGGCUUGGGAAGAACUGAAGAAGGUUAUGGGAUACCAUUCUUUUAUCUUGGACUCGGGUGCGGCUUUGUGGUUGGUGCAUGGAUUGCAUUUGGUGUUUUGUUGUUCAAGAGAAACUGGAGAAUUGCUUGCUUUCGACUCUCAGACAAGUUGUACGACAAAGUAUAUGUCCUUGUUGCAACAUGGGCAAGAGCAAGACAAACACAAACUGAUUAG